AUGUCCAAGGCAACACGUACCCCCGUCAGCACCAAGAGUGCACCACCCCCAUCCCCAUACCUAUCCCAAGGUCUGGUCGUUGGUGACGUGGUUUACUGUUCUGGCCAGUUGGGCGUAGACCCGACCACAGGUGAAUUCGUGAAAGGCAGCGUCAAGGACCGAACACGACAAAUCCUGAACAAUCUCAAUGCCGUCCUGGAGGCUGGCGGAUCAAGUCUCCGCGAUGCCAUCAAGCUCAACAUUUUCAUCACCGACAUGGCUGAUUACCCUGGUGUGAACGAAGUCUAUGAAACCUUCUUCUCGGACCCCAAGCCGGUCCGUACUUGCAUCUGCGUGAAGGCUCUCCCCAAGGGAACGGACGUGGAAAUCGAGGCUUCUGGUUUGAUUACCAAGGGUGGCAAUGGACGCAGUUCUAAACUUUGA